CCAUCAAGAAUAUGCCAUCAAGAGUACGCCAUCAAGAGUACGCCAUAAAGAGUACGCCAUCAAGAGUACUCCAUCAAGAGUACGCCAUCAAGAGUACGCCAUCAAGAAUACGCCAUCAAGAGUACGCCAUCAAGAGUACGCCAUCAAGAGUACGCCAUCAAGAAUACGCCAUCAAGAGUACGCCAUCAAGAGUACGCCAUCAAGAAUACGCCAUCAAGAGUACGCCAUCAAGAGUACGCCAUCAAGAGAACGCCAUCAAGAAUACGCCAUCAAGAGUACGCCAUAAAGAGUACGCCGUCAAGAGUACGCCAUAAAGAGUACGCCAUCAAAAGUACGCCAUAAAGAGUAAGCCAUAAAGAGUACGCCAUCAAGAGUACGCCAUCAAGAGUACGCCAUCAAGAAUAUGCCAUCAAGAGUACGCCAUCAAGAGUACGCCAUAAAGAGUACGCCAUCAAGAGUACGCCAUAAAGAGUACGCCAUCAAGAGUACUCCAUCAAGAGUACGCCAUCAAGAGUACGCCAUCAAGAAUACGCCAUCAAGAGUACGCCAUCAAGAGUACGCCAUCAAGAAUACGCCAUCAAGAGUACGCCAUCAAGAGUACGCCAUCAAGAGUACGCCAUCAAGAGUACGCCAUCAAGAGUACUCCAUCAAGAGUACGCCAUCAAGAAUACGCCAUCAAGAGUACGCCAUCAAGAGAACGCCAUCAAGAGUACGCCAUCAAGAAUACGCCAUCAAGAGUACGCCAUCAAGAAUACACCAUCAAGAGUACGCCAUAAAGAGUACGCCAUCAAGAGUACUCCAUCAAGAGUACGCCAUAAAGAGUACGCCAUCAAAAGUACGCCAUCAAGAGUACGCCAUCAAGAGUACACCAUCAAGAGUACGCCAUCAAGAAUACGCCAUCAAGAGUACGCCAUAAAGAGUACACCAUCAAAAGCACGCCAUAAAGAGUACGCCAUCAAAAGUACGCCAUCAAGAGUACGCCAUAAAGAGUACGCCAUCAAAAGUACGCCAUCAAGAGUACGCCAUAAAGAGUAUGUCAUAAAGAGUACGCCAUAAAGAGUACGCCAUAAAGAGUACGCAAAGACAAAAUACAAGUUGAACACAAGAAACAGACUCUGGACUGUUCUUUUUUUCCUGGUGUUUGGUUUACAAGGUAGAGAUUUCUGUUCCGUCUCUCACCGAAGAAAACUUCAAACCAGAGCCGAGGUCCUCAUAAGAGACGAGCAGAUUCCCUCCGUUCCCCGUGUCUAAAGCCACAGCUUUUUAAAUGAGCUGUAGCAAUGAGAUUUCCUUCAGCUGGUGAAGAGCAGGAUGUCUGAGUCCUGUCUGAGCAAGUUCGGGCCUGUCAGCUUCACUCUGAGCUGUGAGGCAUUUUCCAACCAGUCCAGACUCGGUUUGGGUUGAGCCUUCAGUAAACAGCUCUGAAGACUGAUGCUGGAGAAUCUGCAUGCAGGCAGAAAAAGCUUCUGGAGCCCAAAACUUAAGACCAAAUUAUGGCUUAAGAAAAAUAAUCAUUUUCCUUCUGAUCACAUGAUGUUAGUGAUGAAGAAGUUGAAGUUGUGAACUGGGUACGAAUGCAGACACUGUGUUAACAUAGAGACCAUUCCAGCCUGUAAGAUGUUUGUUCUCCCAGCAAAUUUCAGUCAACAUAGAAUUAUUCUUCACUGACUGUUUCCCUGUGGAGAUGAUAUUCAGUCAUAUUGACUAUUUUUAGGCUGAAAGUUUUGUGUAUAAUAUUUGAAAGAAUGUUGUCUGAGUGUUCAGAAAUAUAACUUCCUGAUCGGUUGUAACAUAGUUUUUGUCCUUGAGUUUAUUGUAGAUGUUCACUUAUUUAAGAAUCUAUAUAUGUAUGCCAAUAUAUAGAUGUAUAUAUAUAUAUGUAUAUAAAUAUUUCUGUUGCUUUCUGCUUGUAAUUUAUAUAUAUUUUUUGUUUUUAUAAGAAGAAACCAUAUUUGGCCAUAAUGAGCCAAUAAAACUGAUUUAAGCUAA